GCACGUGCUUUCCCGCGUUAAAAUAAAAUAAAAAAACUAGUCGUUCGGGUAGCGUCAAGACGAAGCGGGAAGGAACUUACACGCCCUGCUUUCCCGCGCCAAAAAUCAAAAAAUUGUGACCGUUUUGCGAAUCGUCAAUAAAAAGGGGAAGGAAGCGCGGGUCUGAUUCCAUUUCACUUCUUCCUUUUCCAUAAUUUCCCUUUUCUCUUCUCCGCCGGCCGUCUCCUUUUCGCUCAACCUUCCCCGUCAGUUCUCGAUCUCUCUCGUCGGAACCAUGCUGUCGUCGAACUCCGGCAACGACGGCUCCCCUUUUGGGACUCCCAGUCCGGUGAAUCUAAAUUCCGCUUCGGUAGCUGAUCGAUCGCCUUCUUCUCCAACUUUACUUCACAAUCAUCACGGUUCGCGCUCAGCCUCUUCGCUCCAGGGAGAAUUCUUGACACAUGGUGCUAAAAGGAGGAGGAGAGAACAGGUACUGAGUGGCGUCGGAGGAACCAGGAGGAAGCUCAACUUCUGUGAUUCCCCUCCAGAAUCGCACAAAUCACCACCACAACCACCACCGGCGGCGGCUGCAUAUCGGUUUGAUCUCAGCGACCGCAACAUCACCGGAUCGCCAUUUCAUGUUCCUUCGGCAAGUGGAGUCAAGCUCCGCUGCUGCUCCACUGAUCAUUCUAGUGAUCAUCGUGGCCAAAUGCUCCAUGAUGCUUCUGCAAAUCGGCUAUUUGCAGGGUCAGAGUGCUUACUGCCAACGGGGAAAAGAUUUAUCGACUGGAUCCGGAUAGUUGAUAGAUUUAUCAUCAGGGAACUUCGGAGGGUGAAGCACAACACUUGUGUGAACAAGAAGGGGGCGAAAAGGGAGAGAAGGAUCCGCAUUCUCAUGUCAAUGCGGUGACUAGCUGAUUACUCAUAUAUAUUUGUGAUUCGGGCAGGGAGGCAGGCAAGCAAUGUGAUUGCCACUUAAGGGAAUGGAAGGGAAGUAUGUAUAUACAUUGCUUAAUUGUUCACUCAGUAAAUAACUUUAUGCAUUUUAGGUUCUUACCUAUUAACUUCUUGUCUCGGUGAGCUAACUAGUACUGCUACUCUACUAGUACUACUUGCUUGUUUGGUUUCUUCAGUAUGUGUUUGCUUCUUGAAGAUGCAUGCUUGUGCACCUCUCAAGUGAACCAGAUCUUCAGCAAGCAUGCUCCAAACUCAGGAGGGGAGCUGUGGUACAUGACUGAAGGGAAGAUUUUCGACUUACCCUUUGCCUUCUUUGGUUGACAGAUCUAGUCUAUUAUCAUUUUGCAAUCUCAAAAUCAGAGCUGAAACUGCUCUCGGUAUUUUCAAGUUCUCAGUUUCUGAUGAAAGCUUUGUUGCUCCUGUCAGGAUUUUGCAGCUGCCAAACUUCAGUGGGGGAUUCUGUACUGCACAUGCUCGAUCGUGGCAAGGAAUGAUGAAGGGCACCUGUUGGCAAGGAAUGGUAGUAGUUCAAAUUAGCACAUUGAUUGCGGAGGAAGACUUUUUGCUUAGUUAGCUCUAAUUGUUAUUUGAAGUCGAGUCUCUGGUUAAUUAGAUGUAAUGCUCAGUUCUGUUGGUCAAUCAUUCCCAGAACCAGGCCAAGCAUUUCAAUUUGUAGUUGGGUUCUGUAGUAUGGAUAGGUGGCUAGCUGCUGAUUAUUCGGUCUGAUAGUCUUUGUAAUAUCACCUAAAAAAAACAAAAUUAAGCACGGCAGACUCUGUUGUUCUUGCAGAGCUAUUUGGACCGUUGGUGUUUCUCAAAACUAAUGCAAUGUUGCAGACCAAUUCGCUCUUAGUAUGAUCAUGGUUUGGUAGUAAAUCUUCUUGGUUUUUGCAUAAAGGUAAGGAUUUAUG